AUGUUGUACUUACACAAUCGCCCGCACCGGCUCCAUGCUUUUGCUUCUCUGUUAUUUGUUACCGAGGCGGCUUCAUCAGCCUACAUUCCCCUACAUGCCUCUGUCGUCUCGAGGCAGGAGGCCGAGAACAAAACCUAUGACUUCAUUGUAGCAGGUGGGGGGAUUGCUGGGUUGACUGUGGCGGAUCGCUUGACGGAGGAUCCUAGCGUCAGCGUACUUGUUGUUGAGGCGGGGCCGUUCGACGAUGGGGAGGACAAUGUCCUCAUUCCUGGUGCCUACCCCCCUUUUCAGUAUUUCAAUGGCCUUGAAUCAGUGCCACAAGAGGCUCUGAACAAUAGAUCAGUGGAGUCGAUUUGCGCAAAGGUUGGGGAAAACUUCACUAAACCAGACAGCGCUUUUGCAGCUCAAGCAAAUAUCUCAUGGGAUGAUUCGGUCCGUGGGACAUCCGGACCCGUGCAAUACUCUUAUCCCAAUUACUUCUACCCAGGCAGUUCCAAUUGGUGGAAUGCAGCUAAGUCAAUCGGCCUGCCUGUCGUGAAGGAUCCGGAAGCAGGCAACAAUCUCGGUAUCUUCUGGGUACCCAGUGUCUUGGAUGCAACUACUAUGACACGGAGCGAUGCGCGUAUCAACCACUACGAAAACGUACGAGUUUCGCGGUCCAACUAUCAUAUACUUGCUAGUACUACAAUAUCGAAGGUCCUUUUCAGCCAGACUCGAGCCGUAGGUGUCGAGUACAUCCCAUCUGCCGGUGGUAGAGGUAAUAAAGUGUAUGCUUCGAAAGAAGUGAUUCUUGCAGCUGGAGGUGUUCACACCCCUCAAGUUCUGCAGCUCUCUGGCAUCGGACCUCAAGCGCUACUCAAUAAGUUUGGCAUUCCUGUCAUUCAGGACCUUCCUGGAGUUGGUCAGAACCUGCAGGAUCAAUCGACGCUUACCGUUGAAUGGAAUUUCACCUCCAACAUUACUCCUAAUUCGGGAAGCCUAGAUACCAAUGCCACAUACAACGCAGAGCAGAGAGCGCUCUAUGAUAACAAUCGGAGUGGAGCGUACACGAUAGUUCGCUCACUCAGCACCAACAUUGCUCAACUUUCUUUACAGCUCAUUACUAAAAAUUACUCCUCAAUCGCUGCAGAAGCUCGGUCCCAAGACCCUGCCGCAUCUCUUCCAAGCGAGGUAGAUCCAACCGUACUUAAAGGUUACAAGAAGCAACGUGAGUUGUUGAUAAGACAAUUUGAAGGACAAGAUGCAGCAGUUGGCACACUCCACUGGGGUACUUCAUCAUCAAGCAUCAUGUAUCAUCUCAAACCCCUCAGUCGAGGGGCGGUAACUGUAUGUGAGCCUCUGAUCAACAGUACCAACCCACUAGCAGCACCGGUCCUAGAUUAUCGUACCGCCACGGACCCCAUUGAUAUUGCCAUAUACGUUGCCUUGUUCCGAAAGAACCGCAGACUCUUUGCUGCUCCGGAUAUGGCGACACUCGGCCCUAUUGAGACAAGUCCAUUCGGCGCGCAGGUACAGACAGAUGAGGAUAUAAUCGCCGUAAUGCGAGAGCAAAUCAACCCUUCCAACGCUCACCAGUGCUGCACCGCUGCAAUGCUACCGCGGGAAUUGGGCGGUGUAGUCGAUAGUGAAUGGAAUGUGCAUGGGGUUCAAGGGCUGAGGGUUGCAGAUAUCAGCUACUGGCCCUUCCAAACUUCCGGAACGCCGAGCGCAACAAUGUAUGCCAGUGGCGAGAAGCUUGCAGAUGUCAUCAAGAGAGACUAUAAUCUCACGUCAUUAUGAGACAGAGGUAGAGAGUCCAGCUAUCUCGCUUCCGUGUAAGUAUAGCUGAGCAGCUGAAAACGUCAAUCAGGCUUGUCUAUCAAUGUCCAACAUAUUUCGCAAAUAAUUUCAUUCAUGAAACACAGUUCUAGAACAUUGGUUUGAUAAGUAACCGAGGGGAAGCGCGCGUGGAGAGACUUCCGCGUUCGUAUAGCAUUCCCACCGAGUGUUCAGUUUUGCACGUUGAUACAACCUCACCUCCCAACCUGUUUUCAUAUUUAAGUCU